AUGGCACUCGAUCAACCCCCACUUUGGGCCAAUUUUGAGACCAAAGGCUUCCUCGCUGUGGUCAUUCUGUCCGGGCUAUUUUUCUUUCUGAGUUCCGGCAAGAGGUCCCAGCUGCCUUUGGUGAACAGCAAGCGUCCUUUUGAAUUUGGAAUAGCAAAGGCUCGCCAGCGCUAUCUGAAAGAUGCGCACAAUCUGAUAAUGAGUGGUCUUGCAAAGGCUGGAGCCUUCAGAGUGGUCACUGAGAACGGCAUAAGGACCAUCCUUUCGGCUGAUUAUGCAGAGGACAUUCGCAGUCAUCGGUCGUUGACGCUGAGCGGGGCUUUAGUGACUGAGCACCAUGUCAAUAUUCCAGGUUUUGACGCCGUCAAAGUCACUGUCACAUCGGAUGUGAUUCAAGAUACCGUUCGCACCAAGCUCACUCAAAAUUUAGUCAAUAUCACAGAGCCUAUGUCUAGCGAAGCGAAUAUGGUGCUGAAGGACCAAUGGACAGAUAACCCGGACUGGCAUGACAUUCACCUCAGGCCCAGAGCUCUUGGCCUUAUAGCCCAGCUAUCGUCCCGUGUAUUUCUAGGUGAGAAGAUUUGCCGCAAUCCCGACUGGCUCCGAAUCACGGUCAAUUACACAAUAGACUCCUUGAUUGCCGCUGCACAGCUGAGACUUUGGCCGGAGUUUUUGCGACCCAUUGUCGCACGCUUUCUACCGAAAUGUCACACUAUCCAAGAGGAGCUCGCAGAGGCCAAGCAAAUUAUCCUGCCAGUGGUUCAGGAGCGACGGAGAGCUCGAAAGAUAGCUAUUGCGGAAGGGAAACCCGAGGAGACAUACCACGACGCAAUUCAGUGGCUUGAAGAAAACUGCCCAAAUCAGUCUUUUGAUCAGGCCGCUAUGCAGCUAGCUCUCUCUACAGCGGCUAUUCACACAACUACCGAUUUACUCACCCAAACGAUCCUCGAUCUUUGUGGUCGCGAAGAACUUGUUGACGAGCUUCGAAAGGAGAUCAUCAGUGUGCUCGGAGAUGGUGGCUGGAACAAGAGUACCAUGUACAAGCUCAAGUUGAUGGACAGCGUCAUCAAAGAAUCCCAAAGGGUCAAGCCCAUGGCUAUUGCAAAGAUGGCUCGUAAAGCAGAAUGCGAUGUCAAACUAUCCGAUGGAACGGUUAUUCCGAAAGGCGACAUUAUACUUGUCUCGUGCAGUAAGAUGUGGGAUCCCAGCAUUUACCCAGAUCCCGAAACAUUUGAUCCCUACCGAUUCCUGAAGCUGCGCGAAGGGUCUAUGGACAAGGAAAGCAUAGCUCAAUUUGUUUCGCCCUCGCCCCAGCAUAUGGGUUUUGGCUUUGGAAAGCACGCUUGUCCCGGGCGAUUUUUCGCUGCCGCUGAGCUGAAAGUCAUUCUGUCUCAAGUCAUCAUGAAAUAUGAUUUCCGGUUGGCUGACGGAUGUUCACCGCAAAUUUUGAAAUCCGGGAUGAGAAUGUCCGCAGAUCCACUCGCAAGAAUCGCUGUGAGAAGAAGACAGGAAGAAAUUGUCCUGUAA